GUCGACCCUACGUCUCUACCAGUAUCUCCAAUAAAUAUUCUUGCGACACGGCCCCCACCCCCCGUCACUGCGUUUGUCGUGCCCCUCCCUUGUGUAGGCGCCAUUCUUCUCGUCGCUGGCUGCAUGUCUCCGCAUUCGUCACAAUCGCCAAUUGGACCAAGAACGUACACGUGACGCAGAGAAGCUAGCUGUCAUGCAAUUCGAGUUUUGGAAGUUUCAGGUCGUAUCAUAGCGACGUGCUGUCCAAGAGUCAGGACGAUAUCUGUCACUAUGGAUCCGCCAUGCCAGUUCCGCUUUUCAUGCCCGUCGAGAUGCCACGAGAAGGAACGAGACAAAUGCCUUACUUUGCGCCUCCGAUGUACUACCGUGACAGCGGACGGAAAUAUAGCGAAUGUCGCUCGACAUUUUCUCGAUCAUCCAGGCGAUGCGAUUCCUCUCAUUCUUCGCAUUCACAGCAGUUGACUAGAUCGCCUUCACGAAGGAAUUCCGGUCACGCAUACCUUCUUCCUUCAAUAACGACAAGUUCCCCGGUUGUGGACGUGGAGGAAGGAGAUGGUCAUCACGGGAUCAGCAUAACAGACGACGUCCUCUCAGAGUAUAUGCAGCCUUCACCCCUUCCACCAGAUUGCCUGCUACCUGUCCCUCAAAUGCUGCAUGUACGGAAGGAGGCCACAGGUUUGUUGAAGGUAGACAAAUUUGUACGAUGCUGUUCAGAAUACUCUGCGGAGACCUCACAAUACAUGAACGAUCAUACCGAUUCGAGGAACGGGGACCUGAAUCGAAGUCAACGGGCAGUCAACCAUUUGUCUACAUGACAUCAAGGGUGGUCCUCGGUCGGUGAUCGACGGUGUACCGACUGUUUGCACCAAGAAAAAUAUAAAUUUAGCAUCGACUGCCGAAGCGCAAGAUGAAUUGAAGCGCUUGGUGACGAACAUUACAUGAUGUUCUGCACUCACACAAGGCAAUUUCUCGGCGGACAUAAUUUCAAUUCCAGAGCUACGCGCUUUCUUAUCGCUGCCAAUA